AUGCAGGGGGCCCGGUUGCCAAAAUUCAAAAGGGCCAGCAGAGGCGGCAGAAAACUGGUUGCGGCGCUGCUUUGUGGACUCUUUCUGCGGAUGCUGCUGGCCACUGCCCUGUUCGUGCAGCGGCCGGUCUUCAGAGGGCAGAAGCCCUCAAGGACGAGGCGUCCCGCAGCUGCCAGCUCCGACGAGAGUCGCGAUGCCGCCUUCAUGGAAAGGCUUCAGGGACUGGCCCGCGAGGCUUUGGCGUGGCCGUUCCUCGAGGAUGCGCAGCGACUGGUCUGGGCCGCGGUGCUGGAGUUCGACGCCGUGCCCACGCCGGAGUUGCCUCCCUGGUUCUUCGAGCGGCACAACUUCACGCGUCGGCGAGUAGGAGUGGACCUCUUCAGCUUGGACGGCCAGCAGGCGAUUCUUUGCCGGGCCGGGAAUUCGACCGGCAAAGAUGUGAAGCGGUUCCUGCGAACGGCCAAUUGUGUCCUUGAGGCUCCUUGCUGUACACUCUGGACGGACCGCGGCUGCAACGUCUCUGCCGACUCCCAAAGGUGGCUGCGUGAAUAUGGCGGUCAGCGGAAGAUCCUGACCAAGAAGAGAUUGCGCCAGCUGUGCUGCGACACUGCCACUUCAGUCCUGACAUCUGGUCAGGCUUUAGCUGAACAGUUGUCGGACCCACCGCUGCGGCCUUGCCAGGAGGCGUGCCUGGAGGCGUGUGCCAAGGGAGCCCGGGUCAUCGAGAUGGCUUGCGGCACCGGGAAGACGCGUGUCAUCCGCGAGCUGGCAACCAAGCAGACAGGGAAGGUCUUGGUCACGGUCCCAUCACGUGUGCUUCUGGAGCAGUUCGCCGAGGAGUUGCCGGGCUUCUGCAGGGUAGGCACCGGCUACAACAGCAAGAUCGACUUUUCAUCAAGAGGUUAUAUUUCCGUGACUGACUCGGUGCAGCUGUUGGAGAACCUCGAGUUCGAGGCCAUUUACAUCGACGAGGCCCACCACCCUUUGCCACAAGGAUUUCCGAGCUGCAGAGACAUCUUCAAGUUCUCGGCCACGCAUCAAGAGCAAGUGGACUUUCGCUACAGCCUAGGUGAAGCGAUCGAGCAGGGGGUGCUGUCUGACUACGACUUGACGGUGCCCGUGACGACCGAAGCCCACCCUUACAUCUGCCUCGCGAACUUGCUUCUGUCGCAGGCAGGGCGAUUUCGCCGUGUGCUGGCGUACUGCAACUCUAUAGCAGAAGCCAAGCGAUUCCGGCAGGUGUUGGAGACCGUCGGACUAGCGGCGUGGCACAUCAUUGGGAAAAACAGCAGUAAAGAGCGAGAGAGGGUGAUGAAAGAGUUCUCGGGCGACCUGCAGACGCCCGUGCAUGUGCUGGUGACGGUUCAGGUCCUGGGCGAGGGUGUGAAUAUCCCGAAUGCCGACACCUGCAUGUUCGUGGAGCCACGCAGCAGCUAUGUGAGCAUCAUCCAAGCCAUGGGCCGGGUGCUGCGGCCUCAUCUGUCGAAGCCCUUGGCUCACAUCGUGUUGCCUGCGAUUGCACUGCCGGCGACGACGAACAGAGCUGCAAUGGCUCCGCCUGGUUUGAGCCAUCUGGCAGGGGGUACCCAGUCAAUGCUGCGAACAAGUGGCUCUGAGGAGCAUGUCCUGUCCUCGGAAGAGGCCAUGUUGCCAAAGGCGCGGCGGGCCGAACCGCCACAAAACGAGCUUUUGGCCAGUGGCGACGGGCCCCAGACAGCCCUGCUCCUGGCCGACGGCUGCGCGGAUUGUCGUGUUGACUCGAUUUCGCCAACGCAACGGCCUGAAGUAGGCCUCAAGGACAGGAGUCAAGGCAGCAAUGCCAACAGGCCGAGGCCAUGUGAUCCCAGGUCCCAUAACAAAACCCCGACAACUGGCGACCACCAGGGUGCUGAACUUGGACGUCCUGAGCGGCUUGAGCCUUCGAUUCCAAUCGAAACAGUCUCUAAUGAGGAUGCCCUGAUAGUGCCGAUCGAGAGCGCAGCAGCAGCACCUGCUGUCGGCGACCGCCAAGGUGGUGAGCGUGUGCUCCCCCGAUCGCCCGCGUCGCUAACACAGGAAGACGGGUCGGAUUCAUUCACAGCACCGGUGCCUGCUGGUACAAUUGCGGGAAGUGCCAGUGCACUCGCGGCCGGCGAGGUCACGCAGAGAAAGGCUUCACGAAAUGCUGCCGCACGGGGUCGUUCUGCAGCUCGAAGACAGAGCGCGCCUGCACGGAGGAACCAGGAAAACAGCGGUGGAGGGCAUCCUACUGCCAGGCUCCGAGCUCAGGGUCGCAGAGAUUACUACCCUUUGUCCGAGCAGUUUGCUGAAUGCAGUGCCAACAAGGCAGAGUGCAGUGGCUCCAGCUCCCAGAGCGCAGCUUCCAUGACGGACGCCCAUCAGCAUUCUGGGCUUCGAACGAUUCCAGCAUGGCGCACAUCCGCAGGCACAUUCGCUGAGCAGGAGCCGGCGGGUCCUGCAAGGAAGCUGUCAGUGGCCGCGCCAGCACAGGUGGCACACACUCCGAUUUUGAUGGCGAGCCAGGGCACAGGCGCAGGACUUUCGGCGAAAGAGUACCCGGGAAAGUUGAUGUGCCGUCGAGCCUCCAAGCUGAAGGUGAAGACGGCAGAUGGCGCUCACUUGUUUGGAAUUGGAAGCGGCCGCGCUGACCAGCUGGAGAGAUUUUUGGAGGUGAUAUCUCAGGCGGACAGUCGGUUUGCCAACAAGGACGUCAGGCUGUUGCAGUCUCGUCUUUGGGUGAUGGACUGCAGACUGCAACAGCCAAUUAUGCAGCAACUACUGGCCCGAGAUGUGCAGUACCAGCUGGCAUUGAUCCUGCAGCAGCCCGAUGCAUUCGACCUGCGCUUGCAAGCUGUCGAGAAAUUCGACCGAGAACAUGGCAGGCUGCCGAGGCAGCAGAGCAACCAGCUUGAGGAGAGAACUCUGGGACUGUGGCUACACAAUGUUGGCUACAGGCAGAAGCAGCAGAAGCUUCCAGCCGAAAGGAUGCAGAAGCUGGUGAACUCGUCAUGUAGCAGGUUGCGGGGACGAGCCACACAGUGGCUGGAACCAGAUGCCUCUUUUAAGGCGUGGUUAGAGGGGUUGCGGCAGUUCGUUCGUGCGCAUCACCGCAUGCCCAGCGCAGGCAAAAGGCGCCCAAUGGCCGAGCGGCAGUUGCGGCUAAGCCUGCUGGACCUUGUGAAUCCUUCCAACGGGAAAAACCAGAGGCGCUUGCAGCUGUUAGAGAAAGCCGACCCCAUCGUUUCGGAUUGGGUGAAGACCAGGCGAACACGGAAGCUCCGAGUCCAGAAGGCACAGUGGAAUCGUCAGUUCGACAGGCUUCGUGACUUCGUGGAGGUGCAUGGAAGGCUGCCGCAAUCAAGGCUCGAAGGACGUCUCUAUGAUUGGAUAUGCAGGCAGCGGAGACAGUUGAACUACCUCCCGGCCGAGCUCCGGGCAAAAUUGGUAGACAGUCAUCCAGUGAUCUCAGCUUUACUGCAGAGCUGA